GUUAGAAGAAAAUACAAAACCUCUGGCACUUCUGAACUGUGUCGAACAAUUGGAAAAUGAGCCAUACUCUUGAUAACCUGUGAAUCACUUUGGAAGAACAUAAUAUUAAUGUGGCACUGGGUCAUUUUUCAUUUGUAUACUGGCACACACAACUUCUAUCACUGUAAUGCUUCUGGGUGCCAAGAGCUCCAUCAACGAAGCAAACUGAGGGGAUUAAACAGCCACGGGGAAGAGCGAGCGGUGGCUUGUAUUUAUUUCUAUAAUCGGGAUUCAAUAUAUUUAAACAAAUUCAGAAUCGGUCACUGAUGUAUAUUUUGUGACUGUUUUGCUAAAUGAGAGAGGAUUUAUAAAAGCAAAUGUUAAAGUAUUAGCAUGUUGCUGUUUCUUCCUUGUUUUAGGCGCUGUGCAUCAAUAUGCAGUCAAGCGAUGUUGGUGAGACGCUCUCCCUAGUGUUUUGUGGGGCAAAUGUGAACUGUGACACAGGAGACCCGGACUGCCCCUCCCCUGUCUCCCUGGCCAAGAGCUUUGAGCAAAAACUGCAGAUGGAGUUCCUGGCCCAGAACAAAAACACAGAGAUCCCGAGGUCAGAGGUGGGAUGUCACCUGGACAGGCAAUACUAUGUGGCUCCACCCUCAAUCACUCACAAUGGAUUUCUGUUCAAGACAGGGUCAGUGGGAAAGCCAAUUACAGAACGGAAAGCUAAAGAAGAGUUCAGCCAGCGUUGGUGCACCUUGAAUGAUGGGGUUUUUAGUUACUUCGAGAGCCCUCGGAAUUCCACCCCCAAUGGGGAUCUCAGAAUGAAAGAGAUUGCAUGCCUUGCUGUCAGUGUUCCAGAAACACAUGGUUACGAUCACACGUUUGAGAUUUACACAGACUCGGAACGCCUCUAUCUGUUUGGGACAGACAACUCGGAUGCUAUGAGAGAGUGGGUGAAAUCCAUUGCCAAGUCGUUUAUCCCGUCCAGUGCGGAAGACUUGCUGAAUCGGGAUUUUGAGCGGAUCGGGCGACUGCAGUACAAAGACGGGUUGAACCUCCAGAGCCCCAGGGUGGGCUGGUUUGCAUUGGUGGGCUCCACUCUGCAUGUCUGCUUUGAGGACAGCGAAGAGGAAGAAGCUAUCCAUCUGAAGAAGCUGCAAGAGCUCUCGAUUCAGCAAGAAAAUGAAGUGCUGGUUUUAGUGGAGAGGAGGAGGACCCUGUAUAUCCAAGGGGAACGGAAGCUGGAUUUCCAGGGCUGGUGUAGCUCCAUACAGAGGGCAGCCAGGAGCUCGGGACAUACGCUAUGCGAGCAGCAGCUAACAGAGGGUGACAUCCCCGUGAUAGUGGACAGGUCAAUCGACUACAUCACGCAGUGUGGCCUGACCUCAGAAGGGAUCUACCGGAAGAGUGGAGUGAACUCCAAGAUUGCAGCGCUGCUGGAGAGUUUCCGCCAGGAUGCACGGAACGUGCGCCUGAAGGAGGGCGAGCACCAGGUGGAUGACGUCUCCAACGUGCUCAAGAGGUUCUUCAGAGACACAGAGGAGGGCAUGUUCACCAGCGAGGCUGCAAACGAUUGGCUCAGCACGCCAGCUGUGGCAGAUGAUUGCCAGAGGGUCCUUCGUUAUCAGACACUGCUCAGCAACCUGCCACGAGUCAACAAGGCCACUCUGAGAGCCCUUGUCAAUCACCUCUACUGUGUCCAGUGCUUUUCAGACAUAAACCAGAUGAACCUCCACAACCUGGCCAUCGUAUUCGGUCCCACACUCUUCCAGACAGACGGCAAGGACUACAAUGCAGGGAGAGUCGUCGAGGACCUCAUCAGCCACUAUGUGGCCAUUUUUAAUGUCAACGAGCAACAGCUCCAGAAACAACUGGAUGAAAUCUCAGCCAUCAUUAAAUUACGGGACAUCAACUCUAGCAGUAAAGUGCCUCCCGCUGGUGAUUUCAUAUGCACAGUUUACCUUGAAGAAAAAAAGGAGACAGCUGAGCAGCACAUAAAGAUCCCAGCCACCAUGACGGCAGCAGAACUGGCUUUUGAGAUCCUUGACCGCAGGAAAAUCACUGUCCGAGAGAAGGAUUACUGGUGCUGCUUCGAGGUGAAUGAGAAGGAGGAGACAGAGCGUUCCCUGCACUACCAGGAGAAGGUGUUGCCCAUUCUGCACUCUUUGGGCACUGAAAGCUACCUAGUGGUGAAGAAGCACUUCUCUAUGGAAGCCAUGCUCAUCUACCUAGCAAGCAAAGUGGAUGACUCAAAACAUGGCAUGAUAAAGUUCCGUGAGGACAGACAUUUGCUUGGCCUCGGCUUGAGUGCUUUCCAUGAUCGGUACUUCAUAUUGAACAGAACGUCACUGCGACUCUUUAAGGAAGUCCGGAGUCUUCAAAAACUGCAAAAGGCAGAGCAGCAGUGCAGUCACAGACCAGAGAAAGAGUGGACAGUCAAAUCUCUCAAGAUAUACCAGGGAAUCAAAAAGAAACUGCGACCACCGACCUGUUGGGGUUUUACAGUUGUAUAUGCAAAUGAGAAACAUGAAAAACAGCAGUGGUACCUGUGCUGUGACACCCAGACAGAGAUGAGGGAGUGGCUUUCCACCUUUCUGAGUAUACAGCACGACGGGAAUGUGUGGCCCUCGGACUCGAUGAAGGUGCGUGCAUCCCGGGUUCCUCUGGACGCCAGGUUGGGUAACAUCUCUCUGAUCCCGUUGAGGGGCAGUGAGAAUGAGAUGAGAAACAGCGUGGCUGCUUUUGCUGCUGAUCCGCUUGCUCUCUUUGGGAAAGUCUGAGAGAGUGGCAUGAUUCCAGAUACUGCAAUAGCUCAGGACCUUGUGCACCCACAGCAUGAGGAUUUUUGGAUGUAUAUUUUGAAAUAUAUUUUUCUGAUGCUUUUGAACACAGCAGCAAUAUGGACAGGCAGGAGAAAGAAUCAUGAGGAAAGAUGCCUGGGACUGAACAGAACUGGAACCUCAAACAAUUUUGCACAAGAACCUAAAAAACGUCAAGACAGUUUGUCGCUUGACUAGUGGAAGAAGUAAAAAUGGAUUCAACUUGAAACAGAUCUUGUACACUUAAUGUUCUGGGGACUAACCAAACUCAGAAGAUGUAAAGGCCUCUUUCUUCACUGCUGUUGCCAUAUUUAGGUCCUUCAAGUCAUGGAAACUGCUGCUCUGUAUAGUUCAGCAGCUCUAAGCCCUUGUACAUCAUAGACUUUGAAAACUAGAAGUUGACCCAUCGCUCCUUCUACCAACAUCUGGAGCUGACCGAUGCUGGUAAUGUCACUGGACAUCCCAGGCACAGAAUAGUGCUUCCAUGGUUAUAAUUUGUAUAAUUCUAAGCUUAACCCCAACUCUUGUUGUUUUUUGAUGAACAAUCAAACAAUACUCUGAUCAUGUUUGAUAGAACAAUUUCUGAUGACUUGAAUUAGUUGCCCCCUAGACUGUUCGGCCACAGACCUAACUUUUACACAUUCUCUCCACUUAACCAGUGCUUGACUGAGAUAGAGCUGCAUUCUGCUUUUGAUGGGUUAGUUUUACAUCACCUGUGAUAACAGUAAAACCAGACACAUGCGCUAUCAAGCAAGGUGCUUGGCUAAAAUAUCUUGAUUUAGUGGUAAGCUUUAGAUUUAGAAAUCUAAAAGAAAAUCUUUAAAUCCAAUUUUAUGGUUAUAUGCAUUAUGACUUAGUUUUUUUUUUUUUUAAAGAAUGAAUAUACAAGAUUUAUGACCCAUAAAUAUAUAGCCUGUAUUGUUUCUUUUCUCUCUACUUUCAAAAUGUAACACUUAAUCUAGUACACUAGAGGAUUCAUCGGCUUUUAUUUGUAACUUAAGUGUAAGUCAAGUUUUUAUGAAGCAUACAUUCCUCAUUUACUAUCCUUUCUCAUUCUUGAGCUGCAGUUUAUCAAGUUAAACUAUGGGGAAAUUGUUAUUUAACAAAAACAUUCUCUUUUCUGUCAUUUAAAAAAAAAAAUGUAUAUAAGAUUGUAGUCAUGGUGGAUCAAGAUGACAUCUGUAGAUCCUGCUGGACUUCCAUGUUUUUAUUGUACGUCACUUAAAUCUUCAAACUGGUUUGGCUAAUAGCUUGAACUGUACACUGCCCUUGUCACUAGGAUAGAUGGACAGCAGUCUGCUUGCAUUAUCACACAGCAGAAGUAGAAAGUUAUUAAGGGCAGUUUGGCUUCAGUUCUAAGGGUAGUAGCUUACAUUUAAUUUGCAGCAGUUUCAUAUCGGGGAAGGCUGAAAAAAUAAUUUAUUUUUGCAGGCCAGUUGUGACUGAAUGGGGUUUUAACUUCUAUGUGUUUAAGUCCUCAUCUCUAACCAAUUGACUUGAUCAGCUUGAACUCUUGGUCAUAGAAAAUCUCGCCAGUUACUAAAAACUCCACGUGGUGUUGAGCUAAGUGGGCGGUGAUCCAAAUGUUGAGAGAACGUGUAUGAGGUGGCUUUGUAGACGAGUGUUUUCUUUAAGCUCUGCUUGUUAGGAAACCGCCACACACUGAUCACUCAGCUUCGAUAUGAGCGUGACGCAGCCCUUGCGGGUACUGAGAGAGUCCUCAUAACACUACAGCCAUGGCAGAUGCUGGAUGAUUAUGCUUGCCCUUUUCCAGCUAAUCUUGUGAAAAGCUGGUAAUUUCACACCGUACAUAGAAGGCUAUUUUUACACAAUUAGGCUGAUUUUCCCUUUUUUUUGGUUUUACCUUGUGACAUGCUAUUUCUUACAGACUAUGUAAGAUAUGUAUCUGUACAGGCAACACAAACUCUUCCCGAAAGGCAGAUAAACUGUUAGGACAAACUUCUGCAGAGUGUAGUCAUUCUGUAGUUUGAUUGAUGGACAACUGUGGCUAAAAUACAAUUUUAAUGAUCUUAAACUGCAGUCACACAGAGUGAAGUUAAUGUAUAGUAUUAGCUGUGUUAGUAACGUAUUAAUUAACUGUACCCCAUGUUUUUCUUCCAAUUUAAUGUGCUGUACCAGUUAUUUGAGUAAAAAAUGUAGUGUGUCUGUCUUUCCAUGAAUAGUUGAAAGUCUAAUCUGUUUAUUAUUUUGUAUAAAGCUAAUAUCUCUUUCUAAAUUACGCUGUAUAUCCUGCAGAAGCUGUGUCAAUAAUUGUGAGUUGUUAUUAUUGUUGUAAAUUUUUUUUUUUUUUUACAUUUAACUCAAGAGCCUGCAUAGGUUUAAUGCCAUUGAGGGACAGCGCAGUGUCAUUUGGUCACCUAUUUCUAAUUAUUGAAUAAACUGUAACAGUGUCAUCAUA